CUCUGCAUCAUUACGCACCGCAGGUUUUUCUCCCUCUGCGCUUCUAAUCGAGCCGUCACAUUCUUUGGGUUUCCGUCAGUUCGGACACACCUAGGCCAGCAAAGCAAUGUCUGACUUCUCUGAAGAUCAAAUCCUUGAAUUUAAGGAGGCCUUCCUCCUGUUUGACAGGACAGGAGAUGGGAAGAUCAGCUACAGCCAGUGCGGGGAUGUGAUGCGGGCCCUGGGACAGAACCCUGUAAAUGCUGAGGUGCUAAAAGUACUGGGCAACCCCAAAUCUGAGGAGAUGAAUACCAAGAUGCUGGACUUUGAGCAGUUCCUGCCCAUGUUCCAGGCCAUCGCCAAAAACAAAGAUCAGGGGUCCAUGGAGGAUUUCGUGGAAGGACUUCGUGUCUUUGACAAGGAGGGCAACGGCACAGUAAUGGGAGCUGAACUACGUCAUGUGCUCACCACGCUAGGUGAGAAAAUGUCAGAGGAAGAAGUUGAGACACUGUUGGCUGGGCAUGAAGAUGCAAAUGGAUGCAUCAAUUAUGAAGCAUUUGUUCGUCACAUCAUGUCAGGCUGAGGGCCGAACUGGUCCGGAUGGUUAUGAAUGGAUGAAGAUGAACAGCGUCACUUUUCUUUUUUCAUCAGAAUCACAUUCCUAUAUAUUUCCAUAUAGCUUUGUCAGUUCACCCCAACGAUUUCCAUGAGUUUCUUUUAAGAAGUGCCUUUACAUUCCCUAGCAAAGACCAUAAAGCCCCAUUUUUAGCCCUGUUUAUUUGUAUCCAUUGAGAAAUAUUUGAGCUUGCAUAGUU